AUGAGGCCUGGUAAAGACUACAGGAGAACGAAGCAGUACGAGACCAUAUCGGUCACGCUUCCUGGCGGCCAGAGGGAAGAGCGGCUGAUAAAACCAAUGCAAGAAGGUCAGACUGAAGGACCCCUGCACUACGUCAAGAAUGGGUCCCUAUACGACCGGAUCAACGAGGUGCACAAGCGAAUCAACCACGGGGGCCGCAACAAGAUGAUGCCCGCUCUGAAGGAAACGUCCGCAAACAUAACACAAGAGGCUGUGUCACUGUUCCUGUCACUCUGUGCGAUAUGCCAGUCCAAAAAGAUCAAGAAGCGCGGCAUUGUCGUCAAGCCACUCCUUUUCACGAAAAUGAACGAUAGGUCACAAGUUGACCUGAUUGAUUUCCAAUCCCACCCGGACGAGGAAUUCAAGCACAUGACAUACCAGGACUACCUGACAAAAUUCGUGGCCCUUAACGCGAUGCGGAACAAGAAGUGGCCAAUAAUCUCCUAA